GCGGCGGCGACGGGCACUGGCGACUACUGGCGAGCAGGUAUCGCACGGAUCACAGAUCGCACUCGCGACGCGAUUCGCGAGUUGGCGAGUCGGGCGGCGAAUAGCGGGCAAUACACAGCGGGGGAAGGAUAGAAAAAGGUGCACGCACGUAUACACACGCCAGCGGACAGAUUCGACACUGGAGAUCAAGUGUUGCCGGACUUGGGCCCGGUGAGAAGAACAGUAGAGAUGCUGAAGCAAUUGCAGAUGGGGAUGAGAGCUUUCCUCUUAAUGGCCUCCCGUGUGUGGACCUGCAUCUGCUUUCUACUCAAGAAGCAGGUUAGAGCCAUCUCACAGAUGCAACCAGUCAAAUACGAGAUCUUCCCGCUUUCACCUUUAUCUAGGCACAGACUUAGUAUAGUUAACAGAAAAGUAUUAGUACUGGAUUUAGACGAAACGUUAAUUCACUCUCAUCACGACGGAGUAGCAAGGCCAACAGUCAGGCCUGGUACGCCUCCAGAUUUUGUUCUUAAAGUGACGAUAGACAGACAUCCUGUUAGAUUUUUUGUCCAUAAAAGACCACACGUAGACUUCUUCUUGGAUAUUGUUAGUCAGUGGUACGAGCUAGUAGUCUUUACUGCAUCCAUGGAAAUAUAUGGAGCAGCAGUUGCGGAUAAAUUAGAUAAUAACAGAGGUAUUUUAAGGCGCAGAUAUUAUAGACAACAUUGUACGCCAGAAAUGGGUUCCUAUACCAAGGAUUUAUCAGCAAUCUGUUCAGAUCUCUCUUCAGUCUUUAUACUUGAUAACAGUCCAGGAGCUUACAGAGCCUAUCCACACAACGCGAUACCCAUAAAGUCAUGGUUCAGCGAUGCGGGAGACACCGCUUUAUUGAGCUUACUUCCAGUCUUGGACGCUCUUCGUUUCACGCAGGAUGUACGAUCCGUUCUUUCAAGGAAUUUACACUUACAUCAUACUUGGUAGCAUAGCCGAGAUUAAAUGAUAUACUAGAUAUUCUAGGAUUGAAACUACUAGCAGUUUCAGUUAGCGUGUCUAGCCUAGGAUUAUUAUUGUUAUUAAUUAAUAGCAACAUUAGGUCGCUACCCGUAUAAUAAGAAACAAUGAGAGAGAGCGAGAGAGAAAAAACCCCCUUCUUCAGUCCUUGGUUUUUCUAUGCUCGAACGAACAGCGGCGAGCAAAUAUCGAAGGGUAUUCAGCCAAUAAUUACAUCAGCACAAAACAUCCUAGGAUAAUUCUUUGCGUUGUACAGUCCAUGUAUGCAAAAUUAUAGAGCGAAGUUCUUUACUUUUUCUGUUAAAUAAGCCUUUACCAAAGACCAAGAUACGAAAAUAAGGUAGAACCGCAUUAGCCCGCAAGAUUUUUCAUUUUAGAUAAGGAUUAUACUUACAGUUUUUAUUUAUAUAUUUUGGCGGCACAUCAUGGAAGCUAAAGCAUUGGAAUAAAAUACUUUUGUUAUUAUAUAUUAUUAACCUAGGAUGUAGAGAGAGAAAGAUUGAGAGAUGUACCUAAGUCAAAUGGAUUUCGCUGUAACUCACUGUAUCAGUGAGGCAGCUAUCCUGGUUAUAUCUAAUAAAAAAAAAGUAUUAAUAUAAAACCAGGAAAGAGUGAUGUGACAUCUGUUUUCGUCAAAACUUCCGCGAUAUGGAAUAUUACAUGUAUGCAAUUAUGAUCUAUAAGGUUGAUUGCGUUAGUGCGCUCUCCCAAGAAGAGUUUAUAAUAUGCGACUUUUCAUUUUCUCCAUUUCUCCAGAAAAUAAUUGCAAUUAAUAAAUUUAUAAACGAAAAAAUAUACAAUGUAAAAAAGAAUAUGUUUGUAAAUAUCUUGAUGUAGUUUACAUCAAGUAACACCGACACUAACACUAGUUUAGAUAUUUAUUAGACACCAUAACUUUCGUUAAACUUUCGUUUCUAAAUAAUAACCAUGAGACUGUAAGAUUGAGGCAAGGAUGAUUUAUAUACCAAUAUAGUACUCAAUUACAAUAGUUGCAAAUACUUUUGAAAUGUGUUGCGUAAAGGUGUUGUAGACAAAUUUUUCUCUAAUUUAAAAAGCGCGUUCGCAUUUAAUUUACACAUUUAUUCGAUUGAUUAUACGUAUAACGUGUUUAUAUCACAUUCACGAAAGGUGAAAACAUUGAAUUAUCACAUAUCAUGAGCUCUCCUUGUAAGCGAUAUAAGCGAUAUAAUAGCAGACUGUACACAUACAUGUACACACAUAACACAUACACGCGCGUACACACAUCUAUGUACUUUGUUUGCUUGUUUAGUGAUGUAACAAUAAUAUCGAACAUUAUACAGUCUGUACAUAUUACUCGGGUGUAUUUGACGCAACUCAAGUAUGACUGAUUUUUGUAUGAAUGAUCGACAUAAGUAAGUUACAAUACAUGGACUUAAUUUAAUAUCUCUACAUGUGUGGUGUAUGUAUAUGUGCGCGCGCGCGCACAUACACAUACACAUGCAUUUAUACAUAAAAUGUAAAAUCAAUUUAUUCAAUUUAAAAAGUUGAAAAAGAACAAUACGCCCAUGUGUACAAGAUCUAGCGAUAUCAGUCAUUCUUCAAUAAAGAUUUUUUUAAUUGAAGUUAUCGUUUUUCUGUCAUUAUGUAUUGUACAACGUAUAUACUUUCUCUAUUGUAAAUAACAAUUGUUCUCGCGAGACACGAGCCAUGGGCAAUGCGUAUACAUAUAACAGUCUUCUAUGUAAAAUGGAAGAGUAAAAUUAAUUAUUUCAAUUUAUUCAAUAAAAUUAUAUCUGUACACACAACACUGUCUGCACUGUAACGCGGACAAGUACUAUAUGUGAAAGUAACUUCUCAGUUUAUAGUACGAUCCAAUUCCAUUUUCGAUACAAAAUUUACAAUAUUAAACACGAUACUUUGUAUUGUAACUGUUUUCGAUGUUUUUAACUCUAGAUUAAAAUAUUAACAUUUACAUAUA